ACAUGUUGCGUAUCAAAACCUAUCGAAACGCAGAUAUUCAACCAAUAUUAGGAGAUGUGACUACGAGGCAAAGGUGCAGCAUUGCGUAUGCCACCGAUGGAGGAGAUGAUUUUUCGUCUAACUUCCCUACAUUGCAUCAACCUGAUGAGGAUGUAGACGAUAUGAUAUCAAAACUGUCUCACGGCAGCAAUAGCGCUCCAAUGUCUCAAAAGACCAACAAUGGGAACAUCUCUGAGGAAGAAUGCAUCAUUGAGAAUCAGGUUUCCCGUCCAAGCGUUACUUUGCAGCGUAGUGACGACUUGAAACACAAUUCUACAGAACAGAACGAAUCUCUUCUUUCGGUCUCACCAGAACGAUCGUUAAACCCUGACAUAGACCAGACAGAUGAGGAAGGAUGUACUUUGCUUCACAAAGCGGCUUCAAGAGGUCACUUGCCAAAGGUUGUGAACCUCGUCUUAAACGGGGCAGACCCAAAUAAAGCAAAUGAAGAUGGACGCACGGCUCUCCAUUUAGCUGCUGAAGAGGGACAUGAAGACAUCUUAACCUUCCUCUCUGAUCACGGAUCAGACGUGAAUGCCCAAUGUGAUCUGGGUCAGACGGCUCUUCAUACUGCUAUAAAGAAAAAUCAUUGCCCCUCUGCAUUGUUUCUCAUAGUGAAGGGAGCAGACAUUUACAAACGAGAUAAUAAUGGGAGAACCCCUUUACACGUGGCAGCGAAGGGGGCUGAGGAGACCCCUUAUGGAGGAGAUAGUCUCAUCUUUGCGUCAUCAUCGUCUGGCAACUUAGAUUUGGUCAAGCUCUUUCAUUCCAGAGGCGGUGAUUUGAACGAGGAAAACAACAUCGGACAAAAUCCUCUCCAUGUAGCAGCUUCGAAGGGAUAUCUUGACAUUGCCAAAUAUCUAGUUCAAGAAGGAUGUGAUAUGAAUAAGAGGGAUCAUAGAGAUUUCACACCGGUCCACGGAGCAGUUCUAAAUGGUCAUUUGGAUGUCCUUGAUUAUCUAAUAACGCAGCAAGCCAAGAUCACAAAGUAUGAUGGAAAAGGUGUCCUGCAAUUGGCAGCUACCCGUGGUCACGUAGACGUGCUCAAAUACUUCAUAAAGUUAGGAGCUAGUGCCUUUGAGAUCGACGACAGUGGUCAAACUUCUUUUCAUGUGGCAACAAGUAUGGGUCACUUGGAAGCAGAAGCAUCUGGUAAUUGGGAUAUCGUUAAUUUCUUCCAUGACCGCACUUUCAGUCCUCUUGCAUCUUUUGACAGCAACUUGCGACCCAUAAAAAGCUGCCAUAAGAACGGCCUUACACUGUUGAAUAAUGCAAUACAGAAUACCAAUCUUGAGGUCAUAGACUAUCUGAUUACGAAUGGAGCUAAAACGAACCAAAGUAAUGAAGGGAGUCCACUAUACAUGGCAUCUAGACUUGGCCACUUGGAUGCAGUAAACGUUCUUAUUUCAAGAGGGAUUUCGGUAAAUGCAGAGAGUCACAGAGGGCAGAUUCCUCUUCACGCUGCUGCUGCCACUGGCAGAAUUCAAGUCGUUGAAACUCUAAUUGAGAACGGAUCGGAUUUGAACAAGACUGACAUUGAUGGAUGGACGCCACUUCACGCAGCGGUCCAAAAUGGCCACCUGGAAGUCGUUAGGUAUCUCAUGUGGAAAGGGGCAAUAGAUAUCAAAUGUAGAGGAAUGACUUCUCUUCACAUUGCAGCUCAAAGCGGUCACUUAGAUAUCGUUAAACACCCUAAUCACGGAGCGGCUAAUGUGAAUGAUGAAGACAACUUGGGUCGGAUUCCUCUCCAUAGUGCAGCUAUGAAAGGUGAUAUCGAACUUGUCCAAUAUCUAGUUGAGCAAGGGGCAGAUGUGAACAAGGGCGACUUCGAUGGAUGGACCCCGAUUCAUGAAGCACUUCAAAGCGGUAACUUGUUUAUUGUGCGGUAUUUGUUGGAGAAGGGCGCCAAGCUAACCAAGUUUAAAGGAAGGACACCACUAUCCAUCGCAUCAUCUGCAGGUCACUUGGAUAUAGUCGAUUUUCUCCUUUACAAUGGCGCUGAUGUGAAUGAGGAAAAUGACACUAGGGGUAUUCCUCUUCAUGCUGCUGCAGCCAAUGGUUCCUUUGAGAUCGUCGAAAAGCUCCUCAAUCAUGGAUCAAAUGUGAACAAGAUGGCCGACAAUGGCAGGACUCCAUUACACGCGGCAGUCUACAGUGGCAGGGAGGAUGUUGUACGAUUUCUCAUUUCCCAUGGAGCUACGAAAACGAGGUUCAAAGGAAUGUCUGUCUGCUACAUUGCUGCCCAGCAUGGUUACACACACUUAGUAAACUACUUUACUAUGACAGGGUGUGAUGUAAAUGACGGAACACACAGUGGCAAAUCUCCGCUUUUGGCAGCUAGUUACAAUGGUGACAUGGAUUCCGUAGAAAUACUGGUUACCCAUGGUGCCUCUAUCAAUCAGGCUGACGUAAACAAAUGGACACCAGUCCAUGCAGCGGCACAAGAAGGACACUUGCCUGUAGUUACCUACCUGGUAGAAAAUGGAGCAGACACAAAUGCUAGAGAUACAGAUGGAAUGACUCCACUUCAUGCAGCAGGAGAUGGAGACCAUGAAGAUGUCAAACAAUAUCUCCUCCGGUUAAGAGCAAAAGUGAAAGAUGAACGGCAUAACGAUACAGAGAAGACAGAUGGAAUGACACCACUACAAGGAGCAGAAGAUGCAGGUCAUGAAGAUGUCCAACAAUGUCUCAUUCGGUUCAGAGGAGAAGUGCAAGAUGAACGGCAUAAAGGUACAGAGACGACAGAUCGAAUGACAUCACUUCAAGCAGCAGACGAUACAGGUCAUGAAGAUGUCCAACAGCGUCUUAUUCGGUUCAGAAGAGGGUUGCAAGAUGAAAGGCAUAAAGAUACAGCGAAGACAAAUGGAAUGACACCACUUCAAGCAGCAGAAGGUGCAGGUCAUGAAGAUGUACAACAACGUCUCAUUUGGUUCAGAGGAGUAGUGCAAGAUGAACAGCAUAAAGUUACAGAGAAGACAGAUGGAAUGACACCACUUCAAGCAGCAGAGGAUGCGGGUGGAAUGACACCACUUCAAGCAGCAGAGGAUGCAGGUCAUGAAGAUGUCCAACAAUGUCUCAUUCGGUUCAGAGGAGGAGUGCAAGAUGAACGGCAUAAAGGUACAGAGAAGACAGAUGGAAUGACACCUCUACAAGCAGCGGAAGAUGCAGGUCAUCAAGAUGUCCAACAAUGUCACAUUCAGUCGAGAACAGAAGUGCAUGAUGGACAGUAUGAUGAUACAGAUCAGAGCUUCAGAUCUGACGGAAACUGCCCAGAGAUGGUCCGAGGUUCUGUGAUGUCCAAAGUGUCCGCUUGUGAUAGAUUGUCUGGUAUUAACGGAGAGUCCGACUACUCAACGCCCCUAAAUGUCACGACGGCUUCUAUUCCUAUGGAAAAUUCCUGGCGAAAGAACCCUCCCUGGCGAAAGAACCCCGAUACCCUUCCCCGAGAUAUCAAGAAAACUAUUCGCCCUACACGUGAGUCAUGUGUCGCCAAACCAAAAACACAACUUCAUGGAGAUGAGGUACCAGCUACUGAUGAUUUGGCUAUCAACAGGGAAAACGUCGCAGGAGAUCCAAACCCCGGAAUAAAGAAUCCCCGGCGAACGAACCCUGAUAGCAUUUCCCGACAUAUCAAGACAACUAUUCGCCCUACACGUAUGUCUUGUGUCUUCAAACCAAAAACACAACUUAAUGGAGGUGAGGUACCAGCUACGAAUAAUUUGACUAUCACCAGUGAAAACGACGCAGUAGAUCAAAAACAGAGGAUAAAGAGUAAACGAGGAAAUAUUAAGAAUGGUCUUUCGAUCCUGACUCUCCUCCAUCGGGCGAUUGCCGCUUUUGCCUUCUUCUUUUUCUGUUGUCCAAUACUCGUAGCAGGCAACUUAAGGUGGGUGGAACCGGUUACGUUGGAUGUGGGCACACGUGGCGUAGUCCCAUUCUAUCUCAAGCGGCCUUCCAGUUCAGUCCAGUUUUCUCUUUAUUACACGAUUCAGUUCGGAUCAAAGGGUCGUCCUUUCUGCAUCAAUGGACAAUAUGAUGUUGAUGGCUUCAAAAAUCCGUCUCAAGUAUCAAGAUUCACUACGACUCUCAUAGACAGAGAUACAUCUCUCUUUGUAAAUAUGACAAUAGAUGACGUUGAUACCAUCGACGGAGAUCAGUACAUAUUUAUCGAAAUAUGGCGUAGCGUGGGGAACGUUCUGCAUGAUUCUCAGAAGAAGGAGGUUAUUGUACAACGUCCCCCCGGUCCAGCAGAUUGCUUCAUCACUUUGAGUGAUAGUGAGUAUCCGUAUGAAGUACAUUGUUGGGCCAAGACCGGAAGUAUGCCAACUAUACUGACAUGCUACCAGAACGACCGGGAUCUCGUCAAAGUGCAGAACAUUACAGAUAAUGGGAGCACAACCAGAGCUAUCUUCCUCCUUCCCGAUACGACACAUUUCUCCUGCUGUUCACAUGCCAUAACAUCUACCGUAGGUGCUGCAACUUGCAACGACUUUGAGUGGCCCCCUGGUUAUUCUGGUAUUUCCAGUACAGAGGCUACCAGUAGGAGCAUGUUUGCCGGUGAACAAUCCAAUUGGCCUACUGAUCCGAGACCUAAAACCGAUACAAUUUACGGUCUUGAAGAGCUUUCGUGGGGAUUGGCAUAUGGGUUUUUCUCUUAA